UUGGGAGAGGCGUGGUGCUUUUUCGUCCCAUUUGGAGGGAGAUAUGGCGGUUGUGCUGAGGGUAGCGGUGCUGACGGCCUUAGUGCUGGUGGUUGAAUCUCCAUGGUGGAUACCUCAAUGUGAUCAUGAACAGUAUCUUGAUUCUGGGGGACAUUGUUGCAAACGAUGCCCUGCAGGUACCCAUGUUGCUGAAAGCUGCAUUAAGCCACAUACUUCUGGAAUUUGUGCACCCUGCCACGAAGGAAUAGACUACACUGCUCAUGCAAAUGGAUUUCAGAAAUGCUUGCCUUGUGAUGAAUGCAAAUUUGGUUUUGAAAUGGUGAAGAGCUGCACUGUGAAGAGUAACACUGAAUGUCGGUGCAAAGCUGGGUAUUACUGCCCCCCAAGCUGCGAGGAAUGUGUUAGGUGCAAGACAAAGUGUCCUGAAGGGCAGAUUCCUGUGCAAAACUGCAAUGCCACUACAGAUAUGAAGUGUGGCUCUCCUACAGAAACCAAGGAUGCCACUUCACUUCAUAUAGUCAUUACAUUUGUUGUUGUUUUUGUUGUUGUUUUUAUCAUUGGAUUUGGUGCUUUUGCAUUAAUUCGCUGGAAGUCUACAAGAAAUGGUUUCUGUCAAAGCGAUGAAGAAACUUCUCCCCAACCUUGGUGGGAACACUGUAACAAAAAGAAACCUGGACCAAAUGGAGCUUCAUCUGAAUCGCUGCUUGUAAAUCAGAUAGAAAAGCCAGGACCUGUAUCGGAAAACAAGUUGCCUGGGAAUACUGACAGAAGUGACCUGGCAGCGGGCAGCACAAAUGAAGAACCUCUCCUGGGAAGCACUGAAUCCACCGCUGCAAGCCUGCAGCCCAAUGGUUCAAGGCAACAACCUGUAGUAGUUGUGGCUAAAAACUAUGAUUUUAAAGUGCUGGACGAAAUCUAUUUAGACUCAAGGAAGAUGGUACCACUGCACUACUGGAAGGAUCUUAUGAGGAAGAGUGGCUUAGAAGACAAUUACAUGGAAGAAAUAGAGCGUGAUCACCCUUCGCAAACCAAUGAACAACGUUAUCAGAUGCUAAAAACUUUACAAAACAGAUAUGGCAUUAAGGAUGCUUUGCUUAAAUUAUUAAACGGCAUAUGGGCUUUGAAGCUUACAAAUAUUUAUGAAAAUCUAACAAAUGAAUUAAAAAGCAAAGGUAUAAUAACACUGGAGACCGAAGACUAAUAUUUAGAUUUUUUAAAUAAAACUGAACAAGAGCAGAAUCUGCAAACUACAAAUUGUAUGGGUCUGGCUGACCUUAUUUUAGUGCAUGUAACUGCUGAGUAAGCAGAACACACUGCUAAUAUGGUAAGUAUGGAGACUAGUACCAUUUGUCUGGAGGACAGAACAAUGCAUGAUGUAUAUAUAUAUAUAUAUCUACAUCUGUGUAUUUUGUAACAUCAAAAUGUGAGAUUGUAACUUGAACUCCUGUGAAUUGCUGUACUUGAGCAUUUUUAAACAAAGAAGGUAGGAAAUGAAUGUACACAGGUUCAAAGAAGGUAGGAAAUGAAUGUACACAGUGCAGAAUGAUCCAAUUUUACACCAUUUUCAAAUAUCCAGUGAAAUUGUUACUGUUAGAUAUUCAGCAGAAAGGACUGAAGUAUAUUCUAUCUUAAACACUCUUACAUUAUCAAAAAAAUAAUGUUCUUUAUAAAAUGUGCUUCCUAUUGUGACCAAACUUCAGUGUAAUACCAAAGGUUUUACAUAAAUUGCAAAGCGUUUUUAUUAACGUUCAGCAGGCUGAAACGGGACAUAAUUUGUUUGAAGCCAGAACUGCAGGGUUAUAAAAUCAUGUAGAAGUGUUAUUCGGGGGGUGGGGGAGAGAGAGAGAGAGACUUGAGACUUUACAUUUUCAAUGAAAUCUUAGAAUUAUGAAUUUUAUUUUUUAUAUUUAGAAAAUAUGCCACUUGCAAAUCUUUUGCAAAUCAUUUGUAUUUAAACACUUGUCAAUAAACACUUUCUACUGUAAAAAUUCAUUGCUUAUGUCAUAUGUGGGGAAAUUUACAAGGAAAAAAGUGAGAUGAAAGAGAAUAUAUAAUUGCUCCAAUUUACAUAGCACUUAAAUGUCCAAAGAGCCUUAACAGUGUUUCAUCCUUAUUUCGGAAGAUGGGAUGCUAGAAAAUCGGCUUGUGGGAGGUGAACAGGUUUAGAAUGUUUAACCUCACCAUGGAGUUGAUCCAGUUAAAUUUAUAUUACGGGAAUACCGGCACCUGAAAAACAUCCAGCAGCAUUUACUGUGGCUAGAAGGCUGAGUGAGAAAUGAAAUGAA